UCGAUAAGAGAGGAAAAGCUAUUCUUGGAAUGAGUGAUGAACCCAAGUUAUCGGAACGAAGUCUCCAUAAGUUUGAAAACGUUCGAAUCAUAAUAAAAGACGAAAAUAAAACUUGUUUUCAGGGAGAAUUGAAUAUUGGAGAGGAUUGGUUUUGUUUGUUAUCAGAAAUAGACCCAAGUAACAGUCUUCGGGUAAAUGCCAAAGACUUGCUACUUCAUGCCAUUUGUCAACGAGAUGAGCAUUGUGAAAAGCCAAGUAUAUACUGUCAAGUACAAGGAGAGAGUGAUGAAGACCAGUAUGAAACGAUAUAUAUAGUACCAGAGGAAUCUUCUCAAGUAGAGAAGAUAUUUGAAACUUUUUGUGACUUGGUUAGGCGGACUCCUGUACCUUUGACGGAUGAGGAAGGUAGCGACGGAGAAUGGUAUGGGAACGUACCUUGGAGUGUGGGCAACUGUGACUCUGAGCAAUUCGAAGACGCUGAAGAAACCGAUACACAGUUAUAGUUACUGAUGAUAGAGUUGAGCAGCGAGUGAAUGGAUAGUCUAUUUGAGACCGGUGAGAAAGGAGUAGAAAAAGCAAGAAUGAGUGGAAAAACGAAUAAACGACUUUCAUUGUUAUAGAUUAGCUCUUUAAGGAAAUUGGAAUAAGUUGUUUUCAAGGUUAUGCUUCUAUGUAUGUUUUAGAGAGAAAGUGAGACAAACACAUAUACAAAAGACUUGACGACAUAAUUAAGAGUGGACUAAAG